CAACGGCGUACCACCAUGUUUCGUCUCACUCGGCCUCUGCUCAACCAGCUUCGCAAGUCUACAACAGGCAUCACGGGCCUCAAUGUACACCACGACCCCAUCCCCGAGCUAACGAACGUCUACCAGUCGACGCUCACAAUGCUCUCGUCUAUUCCUGAGACAUCAGUGUACCGACAAGGCGUGGAGGCUCUCACGCAGCGCAAGCUGCAAAUUCUACAAACUGCAAACGGAAGCAUCGCAGACGUGGAGAAGCAGCUGGACGAGGGUCAUAUAGAGGAGUCUUUAGAUAUCGCUACGGACGAAAUGAAGCUAGUCUCGAAGAUGAUUGAGUGGAAGGCAUGGGAGCCAUUGGCUGAGAAGCCAGAGCCCGGACAGUGGCAAUACUUUGGCAAAGCCACCACUGCGUAAUAAGAGUGCAUAGUUGAUAUGGCAUAGCGUGCGCGAAAGUGAACCAGCGUCCAGAGAGUGGUUGGAAGUAUAUCAGAGGUCACUGGGGAUGCUGGUGGGAUCCCAAAACUCCUUCUCGGAUAAAGAUGUACCUCAUAUUGUUGCGCUGUACUCUGGCCUAAUUCGUACACACUCCGGGGCUGAAACGAAUGAUCAUCAGGGUCCAGG